GAGAAAGCAGGGGGAGGAGUUUAAAGGCGACCAUUAAAGGCGCGUCAAGCUCUGUUUGAGUGCAUCCUGUUUGUUUGCCAGCUGCGGACUGUUGUUCUGUGUGGAGAUACAUCUGUUAAAACAGCGAGAUGGCUGACCAGUUGACAGAAGAGCAGAUUGCCGAAUUCAAAGAGGCUUUCUCACUGUUUGACAAGGACGGCGAUGGCACCAUCACGACCAAAGAGCUGGGGACGGUCAUGCGCUCGCUCGGACAGAAUCCAACAGAGGCCGAGCUGCAGGACAUGAUCAAUGAAGUGGAUGCUGAUGGAAAUGGGACGAUAGACUUCCCCGAGUUCCUGACCAUGAUGGCGAGGAAGAUGAAGGACACAGACAGCGAGGAGGAGAUCAGAGAAGCGUUCCGUGUCUUUGAUAAGGAUGGGAAUGGUUACAUCAGUGCGGCUGAACUGCGUCACGUCAUGACCAACCUCGGAGAGAAGCUGACCGAUGAAGAGGUUGAUGAGAUGAUCAGAGAAGCAGACAUUGAUGGAGACGGACAGGUUAACUACGAAGAAUUUGUACAGAUGAUGACGGCGAAAUGAAGGCCUUGUACAGAUCCUCUCUCUUCUAUAAAUAAUUUGCCUUUUUUUUUUGUUUUGUUUAAUUUAUCUGUAAAACGUUAAGUCCCCUCCCCUUCCUCGUCCCGGCUGUCCAAAGGAACUGCAUGUAAACUGCAUAGGAUCUUCAGUCCUCAUGUCCCUUUCUUUUGCUGUCAUCGUGUUUUUUGGAGUGGCGAUGCGGUUACACGAUCAGGUGCUUGUUGCCACGAAGAGGGGGUUGUGACGUGCAAAAAAAAUCCUCACGUCACGUCUGUCUGCCCUCCUCAUGCGUAGCAAGAGUGGAGACCUGCCAGCUGGUUGUCUCUUGGCAGCGACGCUGGCAUGGCAUCAAUGUAGAGGAGUAACUCUGCAUGGACUAUGGACAAAGUAUAUAAUAUAUAUAUGAGAUUUCUCAGCAUUGCACUACUGCGGAAAAGAAAAAAAGACACGGGUGUAUCUACAAGAUACUCAUACAUAAACUCUUUUUGUAUCUGCUGUUCUAUACCAAGAACUUAUUUGAAUCUUACAAUGCUUUUUAAUGUCUUAUUCACUUAUCCACACUAGUUUUCUUUUGCUUUCUUUACUUUGUAUCUGUUUUUUUUUUUUUUUUUAAGCCACUUAAUGGCAUUGUCUUGCCUCAGAUAGUCCAUUCCAAGUUGUAUAUUUGUUUUCCAAUAAAAUUUACUAUUUACCCAUACUGAAAAGUUUCUUUGUUUUGCGAUGCGUCUUCUAGCCCUCUAAUUAAAAUCUCUAAUGUUAAUCGUUAUGCAUCCCAGAGCUGAUUUUAGUGGUUUGAAACCACUAUGUUAACCGAGAUGUUUACAAUAUUUAUUGUAAUGGUUGAAAUGAUUCAUUUGUAAAUCACUAUUCAAUGCGUCUCUGAGUCAGCUGGACAAAAGACUGUGUAUUCACAGGAUAGGAUUGGGGUGAGGCCUCCAUGUAAAAAA